AUGGGUCGCUGGGGCUGGCAAGAAUACCUCAAAGUCAAGACCGAAGACUGGGACCACAAACUCUCACACCUAGUCCACCAAACCGACAUACUAGCACCAGAUGAGGCACUGGCGCGAUACAAAUCGCCCGAAUACGCCCAAGUGCUCGCCAACGAAAUGAUCCCCUGGAUGCGCAACAAGCUCAACACGGACAAUCUAAUCGACACGCUUUUCGACAAAUGUCGCGCGUUGGAGACUGACCCCAUGAACGACAAUGUAUUGGAUCCAAAAUACAACACUAUCAUCCUCGGCGCCCUGGUUAUGCGUACCGUGGCGACGAUUCGUGAUCAGGAUCUCAAGCAUCUUCGCAAGCUUGUCCCUGAUAAUAAAUGCAAUGCACAGUAUGCCUGA